AUGGCCGCCCAAUCGAAACUGGCGCGGCACCCCGCCCUGCCCAUCGCCCUCGCGGUCCUCCUGCUCGCCCGUUCGCGACUGCUCGACAUCCCCCGCGCCCUGCUGUCCUCCAAACUGCACCACCCAGCGUCCUCCGAAUCCGAGCUCGAAGCAGCCCUCCAAGAGAUCUACCGCCCGAACCCCGACGGCUCCCGCACACUGCUCGUCCCGCACCGUCAGCGCAUCUCCGAAGUGACCAUCCGCCCCCUCUCCGAAUCAACGCUCAAACAGACCGCGCACCUCUUCCCGCCCGUCUCCGCGCACACGCGCUCCAAGCCCGCGCUCGACAGGGCGUUCUUCCGCCAGCUGGCCUCUCUCCUGCGCUUGGCCCUCCCGCGGCAGAUCCCGCUCGUCGCGCUGCACUCCUUCUUCCUCGUCGCCCGCACCGUGCUCAGUAUCGCCGUCGCGCGACUGGACGGGCGCAUAGUCCGCGACCUCGUCUCAGCCGACGCGAAAGGCUUCCUCCGCGGCCUCGCGCUAUGGUUCAUCCUCGCCAUCCCAUCAACAUACACCAACAGCAUGCUCCGGCACCUCCAGUCGCGCCUCGCGUUGCGCUUCAGGAGCGACCUCACGCGCUACACGCACGACCUCUACUUGAGCGCCGCGCCGAAUCUGCGGUAUUACCGGAUUGGAGGGGAGGGAGGGUUGGAGGGCGUUGAUCAGUAUUUGACGAGCGAUAUUGAGAGCUGGGCGGACGCGCUCGCGGCGCUUUAUGGGAACUUGUUGAAGCCGGCGCUUGAUCUUGUGUUGUUCACGGCGCAGUUGAGCUCGACGCUCGGUGUGCGUGGGACACUCGCUUUGUUCGCGAACUACUACGUCACAGCGCGUAUCCUGCGCGCUGCAACACCCGCUUUCGGACGUCUUGCAGCGGUCGAAGCACGUCUCGAGGGCGAGUACCGUGCAGGCGUCGGCCGUGUUGGACGCGAAGGCGAGGAAGUAGCGUUCUACGACGGCGGGCAGCGCGAGCGCGCGAUCCUCUGGCGCGCGUACUUGAGGCUGAUCAAGCACGUCAACUCGAUCUUCAAGAUCCGCAUCGCGUACGAAUGGACAGAAGACUACGUGAUCAAGUACCUCUGGAGCGCAGCCGGCUACAUGCUCAUCGCCAUCCCUGUCCUCUUCACGCGUCGUCGUGUCAGCACUGGCGUGCAGGCUCCCUCUAGUGGCGAACUUCACGACGCUGUUGCCAGUCGAACUGAGAACUACAUCUCCGGCCGCCGCCUCCUCCUCGCCCUAGCAGACGCAGGCGGCCGCCUAAUGUACGCCCAAAAAGACCUCCUCGCCCUCGCCGGCGUCACCGCCCGGCUCUACAACCUCCUCUCCUCCCUGCACGCCCUCCCCGCCCUCCCCACCCCAACAUCCGCAUCUGCAAACCCGGACACCAACACAAGCUCCGGCGACAUCGAGCUCCACAACGUCGACAUCUCCGUCCCCUCGGCGCCCUCGAGCGACCCGCUCGUCCGCGGGCUAAGCUUCAAGCUGAAAGAGGGCGACCAUCUGAUGAUCACGGGGCCGAACGGGGUGGGCAAGACGGCUGUUGCGCGUGUUCUGGCGGGGCUGUGGGCGCCUGGAAACGCUCCUUCGUCUUCAUCUUCGUCUUCGGAUGAUGGACUUAGAGCUGGAGAGGAAGAGGGGAAGGAGAAGGACGAGAGGGGCGUGGUGAAGCGGCCGACGGAACCGGGCGCGUUGUUCGUCGUUCCGCAAAGGGCGUAUCAUCCGGCUGGGAGCCUGCUGGACCAGGUUAUUUAUCCUAGCACAUUUGCGGACUUCAAGGCUAGUGGACGGACGCUUGAGGAGCUUGAGGGGAUAUUGCGCGAUGCGCGGCUCGGGUAUUUGGUGCAGCGGGAGGGAGGGUGGCAUGUCCGGAAGGAAUGGCGCGAUGUGUUGAGUGGAGGCGAGAAGCAGCGGAUGGCGCUCGCGAGGGUGUACUAUCACCGCCCGCGCUGGGCCGUUCUUGAUGAAUGCACCUCAGCCGUCUCAGCCGACGUCGAAGGCCUCCUCUACGCGCACGCCAAAUCCCUCGGCAUAACCCUCAUAACCGUCUCCCUCCGCCCGGCCCUCGCAAAGUACCACACGCACGUCCUCACGCUCGACGGCGCGGGCGGGUACACGCUCACGCGGGUCGGCGGCGCGGAGGAGAGGAUGGGGAGGGCGAGGGAGGAGAGGGUUUUGCGGGAGAAGUUGGCGGAGGUGGGGAGGUGGGAGGAGAGGUUGGGUGUGCUGGGGAGGGCGCUUGGGCCGGAGGGGGCGAGUGGGGAGGUUGAGGUGUAG